AUGUCGACAUUGGAGAAACCGUCCAUAAAAUUCCAACCGCCAGAUUGGGUCACGAAUUCAUUUGCUCUGAGUGCUAAUUCUCAACGUCAAAGGGAUGCAUCGGAGCAAAUAAGACAAGAAACACGCUCUCUACGCUUAGCAGCUGCUCUUAGGACUAAAUGGGAUGAAUUUAACAACACUACAAGACUUGCAGAUAGAAUUGAUGCCAUCAAGGAUUUAAAGGAUAUACUGGAGCUGGCACACUCACAGCUAGAUGCAGAAAUAUCAAUGGUUAACUUAGGUAAAGAAGCAGUUGAAGAACAAAUGAGAAACAUAAUAAUACCCAAAGAAUGCGUUACUGAAUGUCUCACAUUAAGGGAUAGACGCAGGAGAAUAGACAAUGUCGAGGACGCACCAGAACUUCAGUUGAAGAAAGAAAAAGAGAUAAUAGAUAAGUGCAACAAAAGACUUCAACAAAAAGUAGAUGAGGCAUUUGAACAAAUGAUCCUUCUAAAAGAGGCUAGACAACAGGUUUUGCGUGAUCUACAGGAUAAGAAUACUGCAAUGGACAUUGACGUCGAACAAUAUAAGCUAGGUCCCACCAGUCCGGGAGUUUCUUACAAACCAAACCCAACGCGAAUUCCGAAAGGGACAACUACACCACAACAAUGGGAAGAAUUCACUAGGUAUAAUUGGCAAAGAGCUCAAGCAGAAAUUCGUUCAGGACAACGAUUACGUGAAGCAAUCUAUAACACAUUGUGUCAAGUAUCAAAUGAUUUAGAAGCUCAAGCACAAGCCACAGAAUUUGCAUUAAGACAAAGAAAACAUGAUUAUGAACAAGCACUUGAUGAACUGAAAUGGCAAAAGCAACAGAUUCAAGAUGAAAUCGCUGAAAUGGAAAAUGAUUUAGAUCAACUUGAAAAAGCUAUUCAUGGAUUAAUACCAAUGGCAAAACUUGCACAAACAAGACUUGAACGACGAACAUAUCGUCCAGGCGUUGAAUUAUGCCGUGAUUCUGCUCAGUAUGGUUUAACUGAUGAAGUUAGACAAAUUGAAGUGACAAAAGAAGCUUUGUUGGAGAAGCAACGUCAAGCAAGGUAA